CUAGUAUCCGGUUGUACGCCGGUGGAUAAUAAUAUCUGCUGCUCUUUUUUUAACGGCUUGAGAGAUUUACGCUGUUUCCACGUUAAAUUGUUUUACAGUGAGACAACAAAGAAACCACGAUGGAAGUAGGGUGCAGUAGCAGCAACAGCAGUAUGAAUCCAUGGAAAUCUUCUACCAAUUGGGUCGUAACUCAUGGAUCUCUCGACAAUUCAAUCUCUUUCGAGACUCCAUUAACACAUAUUGACGAUGAAUUCACAUUAGAAUCAACAAAUAUUCCCAAAGACCAAUUGCAAUUGAUUAGCCCUCCUUCAACAGAUUCAGGUCCUUGUGAAAUCACAAUUAGUUUUGGCCAGCAGCAUCAAAUCCAGCAGGUAUAUCUACGUAGUACAGCCCGGGUAUAUGAGAUAUACUAUUCAACUGACAGGAAAAGCAACAAUGAGUAUCUCUGCACAGUUAAAUGCUCUGCUGCAGCCAAUGAAGAUGGGUCACUUAUUCCAUGUGAUAUUAGAGAAGCAAAUGGUGUUCAACCAGAGGAACCUCUUGAAACAGUGGAAGUUCCGACAUACAAAAUCAAGAGCAACAGUAGUCAGAGCACGAAUGAAGAUGACUGGGUGGAUGUGAAAACCCCAGUUUCUCCUUUUCUUGUCAAUUCUAUGUUGAAUAAAACCAAUGAAAAUACUGAAACUAACACCCAGGAGUUUUACGAGGCUACAGCAGAAAUUACAGAUGGGGAACCAUGCAGUUCUAUUACUUUGCGGUUACUAUCGCUUCAAACUCAGGGGUGUACCCACCUAGGGGAGAUCUAUAUUUUUGGUGAACCUGUUGAUCCUGAUGAGUCAGAAAUUCGGGUUGGUGGCCCUCUGCAAAAUUCAACAGGAAGUUCUUUAAUGGCCAUGCUUGUUCCCACUCUUUUGCAACUUUCUAAAUCAGGGAGUACAGCACAAGAAAAGAGUACUUCUGAUAAGAAAGGUUCAAAAGUAGUUGAUUCACUGGGCACGCACAAUGAGAGGGUGAAGCCAGAAGAAGUGCAGUCUAGUAUACCUGAUGGCAGAGAAAGAAAAUUUGUCGAAGCUAGUAGGAGGAAUUCAGAUUUAGAACAAGUAGAAUCUAGUAAACAGAUCCCUGGUACGAGUAGAGGAUCUGAUUUUUUAAACGAAGAAAAAGAUCAACCCUAUGGUCGUAUUGAGAAAAUUUUAGAUCAUCUAGUUGCACGAGUAAUUAGAAUGGAAAACUUCUGUUUGAGGUUUGAAGAAAAAAUGCUGAUACCUAUCAGCAGCAUAGAUUCAAGGCUCGAGCGAUUGGAGAAGCAACUUGAAGUCCUCACAGUGAGAUCUCAAUUUUCUGAAUUUAACCCAGGUACAAGAUUUAGAGCUCCUGAAUUUUUGGACGGUGAAUCCCCCUUGCAUUCUAUUUACAGUGAUGGGCAUAAGCCAUUUACCAGGAUCACAGCUCCUGAAUUUAGUGGCUGUGAGUCAUUAUCUAAUUCUAUGUGUGAUGAUGGGAAAGAUGAGCAGUUACCCAAGGGCUCAGAAUCUGCAAGUAAGAAUAUCGAGUUUAUGAGGAAAAAGGCUCUUGAGUUAUCGAAUAAUGAAUUUGACCCCAGGACUCCCAUCAAGCAUGGCGUGAUUGAUGAUCAUAAGGUUAGGGGGUUGGAAUCUGCUCCUGAUGUUUUGGAUAAUGAGUGUGAGUCGAAGAACUCUGUUGGCGGUGGUGGGACCACUGUGCAUAAUUCCAGGGGGGUAGAGUCUGGUGAUCAUAAGAAUAUUGGUGAGACAUUUUCUCCUAUCGAGGAUGCAUAUGUUUCUUCGGUUCUUCCUCAGUCGUGCCCUGGUUUGGUUAUCACAGCCCCUGAAUUUUCAAGUGAUAGUAGUGAGGGGGGAGAUGGUGAAAAUGGAGAUGACAGGAAUUACUCGGAAGUCUCUGUAUCAGAUGAGAAGAGUUUCUCGAUCACCAAAAAGCCAUCUCUGUCAGUAGAUGAUGCAUUAGCUUCGGCACUUGCUGGGUUCUUAUCUGCAACUUCUGCUCCAUCUCCAAAAACCAACCAAACUUUGGAACCACCGAGUGAAGCUACUUGCGAAAACGAAAAAUCAGAGUUUGCUCCGACAAUUACUAGUGAAUCAGCUGCAGAUCAAGGAACCUCUUCUGUUGGAAUUUACAGAACAGAGGUUGAGAACUCUUCAGAUUCAGCUUCUUGUUUGCCUUCUCAAGGGAAAGAGUUAAAAAUGGCAGUGGAAGUUACAAGUGAGACAAAUCUUGAUCUAUGUCCAGUACAAACUCCAAUCUAUGAAGAUUGGUUCACAGACCCGAAUUAUGAGAGUCAAACAAGUAAUCAAUUUGAAACCUGCUGGAAUUUGGAUGAUGUGAAAAUUUGUACCAAGAAUGUUGAUUUCAGCAGACUGGAUACGGUGAUGCCUCUUGAAGGAGGUCAUGCUAAUGGGAAUAACAUUCUUGAACCAACUUAUAGUUCUGCUGUGGAUUUUGAACUACCAAUCUUAGAAGUGAAUUUUGUUCCGCUCAAAAAUUCGAAGGCCAAAUCUCCCCUUGAAGCUCUUCUUGGCGAAGAUGCUGUACAGAGCGAAGAACAAGAUUCUCAUGCAAAGUAUUCAAGUGAUGCUGAUGAUGAUGACAGUGAUAAAGCGGUUGGAAAAACUCGUACUCUUUCAAUGAAAGAUGAAAAAUCACAUACUCCUUCUGGUGAUUUCCAGCCCUUUUGUCUGAUGGCCGCUGAUGAUCAUUCUGAACAAACCUUUUUUCAGAAUGAGGAAACUUUGGAAAACAUUGAGGAUUCUUUGGAAUGUGGGAAUGGUGAGCCCUUCUCAAGCCUCGUAUGAUAGGAAGCGCUGUUCUAGGGUGUAAUGUAAUGAAGAUAGUUUAUGCAAAUAUUAGGACGCUUCUGCAGUGUGAUCAGUUUUUACCAACUUCAUGUUCUCACUUCUGUUAUAUUUGCAAGUUCACAAGUAUAUAUGAUUUUAA